ACCGUGUCAAUUUGCCAAGGCUUUCUUUUUUUUCCUUUUUUCGAGCUCUCAAUCUCUCUCUCAAUCUCUCUCUCUCUCUCUCUCUCUCUCUCUCUCUCUCUCUCUCUCACUCAUCAGAUGAAUCCACAAGCAUCUUACCCACCACCACCUACACCUGAAGGCUGGGACGCAGUCUGGGACCCCAACUCGCAACGCUAUUAUUUCGUACAAAUUGCGACGGGUGUAACGCAAUGGGAUCCACCUACUGGUAAUCCUGGUAGUGGCGGUAUGGCCAUGCCUGGUACGGGUGGCAGCAUGCCCAUGCCCGGCACCGGCAAUGACUACAACAACAACAGCCCAGCUCCCUACGGUGGUAGUAGCAUGCCAGCAGCUCAUGCACCUUAUGGUUCAUCAGCAUCACCAGCAGCCCAUGCACCUUAUGGUUCAUCAGCAUCGCCAGCACCUUCAGCAGCUUCAGCUGGAGAGUCAAACAGCUAUGGCGGCGGUGGCGGACCUGCCUACAACAACCCUACCGCGACAUCGAUGCCUGAAGGUCAACACCAACAACAGGGUCAACCCGGACAAGCAGGUGACGAGCGUGGUCUUGGAACAUUCGUUCAAAGCCCCAUGGGCGGUGCACUUGCAGGAUCGUUGAUCGGGUAAACUAUCAACUUUAAAAGAAAAAGAAGCUUUC